UCCACGAUUCACGAGUCAAGUUCGGUGGGGCUCAGUCUGGGUCAGUAGAGUGCCGGACUCGAAUGUGUCAUCAGGUCAAUGUGCUAUACAUUAAAAUCAAGACGUUAUGAUUUCAAAACUAUCAAGAAUUUCGUUUAUUUUCAUUGCUACCUUUCUCAUUUCGAGAAUCAUAGCUGUUGUACAUCAACCACAAACAUUUUCAUCAACAGAUUCAUCUACAGUUGAUUCUGGGCAAGAACCUCCUGAAGGUUAUUAUGCUUUUAUCGAAGCUCCGAGAAUGGAACCGCCUCAAGUUCGUUCUCCGCCUUACUUUAAAUCUAACAAAUUGUGUCCAGGGGUUAACAAGAAUCCAUCAGCAAAAACAUUAAAUAAUCUAUGUGGAGAUCUAAAUAAAGCGUUUUUACCAGUGAAUCCAAUGAAACAAAACGUUUUAGGAACACCAUAUCCGUUUGAGUUAAUGAAGAACAAAACAUUAGAAUUCUUCAGUAGAACAUUGCCAAUACUUAAAGCGGACGAGACUAUUCCAAAAGUGGCCAAAUAUGUUCCACCCGAUUCGUAUUACCAUAGUAGUACAACCCAAAAAUACUUACAAGGGAAACCUUUUCGACGAAGAGCUAAGUAUACUAAUUCAGAUUCUCUUGAUGAUGUAAACAUGGAUGACGACGAAAAUAUUCCUAUAAAUUCUCAAAAUGGUACUAGACAUUCAAGAAAAUUUUGUGAUACAAGCGGAGGAGUAUUUUGUAUGCUGUAUAAAGUAAUACAAGGACAAGCACUAUCCGGACUUAUGGCUCAACGACGAACUGAGCAAUUAGAAUAUAGAACACGUGACCCAGCUCAUGCUGCCGGUAGUGUUAUGGAUGGGCCACCCACUCCCUGUCCAGCCAAAGUAGAAUAUGCUACACCAGUAUUUGCUCGGAACUACCAGGGUAUGUGGAGAUAUGUAGUACAAAUUCCAUACGAAGGAUAUUUCACCCAAACCGUGGAGGUUACAAAGUGCACUCAAACCAAAUGUCAUUACAUAGAGGGCGGAUGUCUGUCAUCACCGAGAUGGGUGAGCCUGCUGGUUGCAGAGGUUUAUUAUCCGGACACAUAUUUACCGUCAAUUUCUAACAAUCGAAGAUUACCAGUACCGCCACAACAACAAGGUAUGUAUAAAACACAGGCGCAAGGUGAUGACCCACCUUCGGUACAAGAUUUUCAAAACUACCAGCAAUAUUUACAUAAACGUGCUACUCAAGGUUCUGCUGACCCUUUGCCUUCUCAAUCAUCCACUUCGACAUCAAAGAAAAAGCACCAUUGUGAUGGUGUUGACGAACUCGGAUGUUUCCAAGUGAGACUUUACUAUGACUGGUUUUUGAUUCCUGGUAGUUGUAAAUGCUGGAGACCAGAUUAUUUUUCAAGAUAUGUUAAAAGAAAGUCAACAUCGCCUGAACUGUAAAAGCAUUUUUAUUUAAAUUAUAUGUAUGUAAAUAUGAAUUUAUCUAUUAACUGUAGAAUAUAAUUAAUAUUGUCUUGUAAAAUUUUUAAAGACUCAAUAGAAGUAUACAAAUGACUUAUAAACAGAAUGAUUCACCGAGGACGAUCAUCCCCUUUUUUAUUUAAUAAUGAAGAUAUUCAAAAUCUGAUUAUUUAAAUACAUCUAAAAACCAUAUUUUUGAAUACUUGUACCACUUUGGAUGGUCUUGUGGCGAUCUGUUUUUCAAACAGGAACCACUUUUUUUGUAUAAAUUGUUGGUUAGUUUUUUUCUUAAUCAUAAUCUAAAUCAAAAUAUGAACGAGUGGUUUUUAGACUUGGGUGCCGAAUCUCUUUUAAUUUUAUUUAACUUUUUUUGUGAAUAUAGACAAUGUACCAAUUGUUAGCGUCUGAACUAUAGACAUGGUUCAUUAAACGUACUUAAAGUUUAAUAACUCGUUCGGAUUUUGAUUUCAAUGAAAAUUUGAAAAAAAAAAUAACUGCCCAAUAAUUUACAAAAAUAAAGAGGAUUUCAAUUUAAAAAACAUAAAUUUGUAUUACCACAAGAGUACAAGACCAUUCUUAAGUGGUCCAAACAAUUUCAAGUAUUUGAAAAUGUAUAGCUCUUUUAAUUGUAUUUAAAAAUUCCAGAAAUCAGAUUUUGAAUAAUUCCAUUAUUAAAGAAAAAUGGAAAACCGGUGUCCCUCGGUGAAUCAUCCUGUAUAUGAACAGAACUCUUUAAAAAUCGAAAUGUAUAAAUUUCGUAAAAAGCCGAAUAUGAGAUUUUAAAACUCUUGAAUAAAAUUUUCAUUUAAGGGUUUUUUUAAAUCUAGUCCAUAUUUUGACUUCGAUUUUUUAAAUUCCAAUGAUUUUAAACCAUGUUCCAUUUUGGACAUAUACAGUAAUUAAUUAUUGUAUUUUGUAUCCUUAUAUUUACAAUAAUAUUAAAUUAACUUUUUUUUCUAGAGGGGGGACUGACAUUAUUUAAAAAUAGGUAUAUUUACAAAACCAAAGACAACUCCCUCCAUCGUCAGAAAAUUACCUUUUAAAAAUGGCAUACUUGAAUCCCUCCGAUCACUGAAUAAUAACAUGUGUAUUUUUUAAGUAUGUAUACGUAUAUGUAGAAUGUAUAGCCCUAUAGGUUUAUUAUAAAUUAUAAAAAAAAAUAAAUCGACUAUUAUCUAAUUAAAAGUAUUAUGUAUGUAUUUUUUAAAUUUUAAAUCUCAUAAAAGUGUAAACAUUAAAGUUAUUUCAACAGUUGUAUAAAAUGUUCUCAGAUAUAUAAUUCUGUUUUAUGAUUUUUCAUAUAGUUCUGUAUAUACUACACUAUAUAAUUUCUACAAAUUGUUCUGGUUAUACUUAUUACUUAUAUACUACGAAAGUCUGAGCAUACUUU